CCCGGUUUAUCGGGACUGGUUUCAAUUAAUAAUCGACCAUUCGGUACAGUUUUAAUUCGGGUCGGAACGGAUCGAGAACCGCUAUUUUAAAUAAUUAUGGUUUUUUUGGUUAUUGCAUUUGCAUUCUACGGGUCGGAUCUAGUCCGAGUUAGAAAUACGGAUCUCAGUUGGUACCCGUUUCACCAGCAUCGUCUUCCUCAGUCGACAGUCAUCAUCAGCACAACCUUCAGAUUGCAUCUAUCUCUAUCUCUCUCUACUUUCUAUUUCCCAAGAUGGCUCCUUUGCUGUCACAAACCUUAAUACACACCGGCAGAUUCCUUCUCCGUCGCUUCUUAGAACCACCUCCGGCAGUAAUCUCUGCUGUGGCUGCGAGUCGCGUCUGCUUCCAUCGAUACUAUUCGUCGAAGUCUCUUUCUCUCGUGUCUCCACUUGGCUUGCACUGUUCCUCUUUAUUCAGUCCUCCAGCAUUAUGUAACUCAGCUUUCUCAUCUUCGGCAACAAGUACAACUAUCGAAGUACAAUCUACAGAGCAUGAAGUUGUGAUUGCUUUAGGAAGUAACAUUGGAAACCGGAUGAAUAAUUUCAGAGAGGCUUUGCGAUUGAUGAAGCGUGGUGGCAUUUGUGUAACCAGGCACAGUUGUUUGUACGAAACGGCUCCGGUUCAUGUGACUGACCAACCCAGGUUUCUCAAUGCUGCAGUGAGAGGUGUCACUAAGCUUGGACCUCAUGAGCUAUUAAGUGUUCUCAAGACUAUUGAGAGAGACAUGGGACGUAAGGAUGGUAUUAGGUAUGGACCAAGACCGCUUGACUUGGACAUAUUGUUCUAUGGGAAGAUGAGAAUUAGUUCUGAUAAGCUGAUCAUACCACAUGAGAGACUCUGGGAAAGGUCAUUUGUGUUAGCACCUUUGGUUGAUUUGCUUGGAUCAGCUGUUGAUAAUGAUACAGUUGCUCAUUGGCAUUCGCUCGCGAUACAUCCUGGUGGAAUUUUCCAAGCGUGGGAGAGACUGGGUGGCGAGUCACUGAUUGGACAAGAUGGUAUACAAAGGGUUUUACCAAUAGGAGAUAAGCUGUGGGAUUUUUCUAACAAAACUCAUGUGAUGGGUAUACUUAAUCUUACACCUGACAGCUUUAGUGAUGGAGGGAAAUUUCAAUCAAUAGAUUCUGCAGUUUCUCGGGUUCGCUCAAUGAUCUCUGAGGGUGCAGAUAUAAUUGAUAUUGGAGCACAGUCCACACGCCCAAUGGCCUCAAGAAUUUCUAGUCAAGAAGAGUUAGAUAGACUACUACCAGUUUUAGAGGCUGUUCGUGGUAUGCCAGAGAUGGAGGAAAAGCUCAUAUCUGUGGACACUUUCAACUCUGAGGUUGCUUCAGAAGCAAUAAGCAAUGGAGCUGACAUUCUAAAUGAUGUAUCUGCGGGAACCUUAGACCCGAAUAUGCAUAAGGUUGUUGCAGAAUCUGGGGUUCCUUAUAUGGCCAUGCACAUGAGAGGAGAUCCAUGUACAAUGCAGAACAAAGAGAAUUUGCAGUAUGAUGAUGUCUGCAAGGAUGUUGCUUCUGAACUCUACUUGAGAGUAAGAGAUGCAGAACUCUCUGGGAUUCCAGCUUGGAGGGUUAUGAUCGAUCCAGGGAUUGGGUUUUCCAAGAGCGUAGAUCAUAAUCUAGAUAUUAUUAUGGAUCUUCCAAAAAUCCGAGAAGAGAUGGCUAAGAGAAGUAUAGCAGUUUCUCAUGCGCCUAUACUCGUAGGACCUUCAAGGAAAAGAUUUCUGGGAGAUAUUUGUGGGCGACCUGAGGCCACUGACAGAGAUGCUGCAACUGUUGCUUCUGUCACUGCAGGCAUUCUAGGAGGUGCCAAUAUCAUCAGAGUUCAUAAUGUUAGACAUAACGCCGACGCAGCAAAAGUAUGCGACGCAAUGCUGAGAAGAAGAAGGUCAAAAGGAUGAUUGGCGGAUACAAUCAUAAGCCUAACUUUAAGGAUCUACUUCAGAUCGAUACAGCAGUUUCGCUAUGUAAGAACAACAUGCCGAGGGAGGCAACGUUUCUGCUUUGAUCUUGUGUGGCUGGUGUAGAAUAUAGCAAGUUCUUGGUUAUGAUGGGUGAUUGAUGAAACAAGCUAGCAAAAUCGCAUACACGCAUGGGCUCCAAUGUAUUAUCUCUUUUCAAAACACAGACAACUGUAGAUGAGCAAUAGCAAUUUUUCUUUCUUUCUCUUUUAUAAAUUUUCCUGGGUUAAUAAUGUUGUAAACAAAAGUUUUUGUCUUUGGUGAUAUAUUUUUGUCAUUUGUUUCUGAAUGAUAGAUGAUUCCACAUC